GAUGUUUGGUGAUCAAUGCUCCAAAGAAUUGGAUUAAUAUUUUUACAGAAUAUUGUUGUAGUCGGUAACUAUUUCUAUUUCCAGGCAUUUUUAGAUGAAUUCACUAAAUGGUCAAGAGGAAAUCCUGACAAGGACAGGAUUCUCAUGGCUGGAGAUGGCCAAGGAAUCUUCAAGACUGUCUCCGACCCUGGGUUCACAGCAUAUGAAAUGAAAAUUGGUGCAGUUACUUUCCAGAUUGCUAUUGGAGAUAUUACCAAAGAAAAGGCAGAUGUGAUUGUAAACUCAACAACAAGGACAUUUAAUCUGAAAUCAGGGGUGUCAAAAGCAGUUUUGGAAGGUGCCGGACCAGCUGUGGAAAGUGAAUGUGCUAUACAAGCUGUACAGCCUCACAGAGAUUUUAUAAUUACACAAGGUGGAUACUUAAUGUGCAAGAUAAUAAUUCAUGUUCUUGGGGAAAAUGAUGUCAGAAAAACGGUUUCCACUGUUCUGGAAGAGUGUGAGCAGAGGAAGUACACUUCUGUUUCCUUUCCAGCCAUUGGAACAGGCAACGCCAGAAAAAACCCAGUCAUAGUUGCUGAUGACAUGAUCAGCGCUGUUGUAGACUUCGCCUGGAAACAUUUCACCCCAUCAUUAAAAAAAGUUAAAGUUGUCAUCUUUCUGUCUGAACUGCUAAAUGUAUUCUAUGACAACAUGAAAAAGAGAGAAAAUUCUGCAUCACCCGUCUUUCAGUCCACAUUCUUCGAGACUGCAUAUAAUAUUCCUGAACACUGGACUGACAUGAAUCAGCAGCUGUCCUGUGUGAUCGAACUACAACCCGGACAGUCAGAAUAUGACACCGUAAAGGACAAGUUCUCUGAGACUUGUCUUUCCUACAAAAUAGAAAAGAUAGAGAGGAUACAGAAUAUAUGGCUCUGGAAGAGCUACCAGAUAAAGAAAAAGCAUAUGGACAUCAAGAAUGGCCAUACAGAUAAUGAGAGAGUCCUAUAUCAUGGGACAGCUGCAGACUCAGUGCCAUAUGUCAAUCAGCAUGGCUUUAAUCGCAGUUAUGCUGGGAAGAAUGCUGCAGCCUAUGGAAAGGGAACUUAUUUUGCUAUUGAUGCCAGUUAUUCUGCUAAUGAUAAGUACUCCAGACCAGACAGCAAUGGGAGAAAGUAUAUUUAUGUUGUGCGAGUACUUACAGGAGUCUACACACUUGGAUAUGCAGGAUUAGUUACCCCUCCAUCAAAGAACCCUCACAAUCCCACAGAUCUGUUUGACUCUGUCACAGACAAUGUACAACAUCCAAGCCUAUUUGUAGUGUUCUCUGAUAAUCAGGCUUACCCAGAAUAUCUCAUAACUUUUAGGUGUUGAAAAAUAGGGUUUUUUUUUUUAAUCUCAAAGAGAUGAUUUAGUCGUCUAUUCAUAAAAACAAUUUAUAGGGGUUUUGUCUUUGCCUUUGGCCUGUUUUUAUAGAUAAAAAUCUGUCAGGUGCUAAAAUGCUGAAAACAGCCUUUUAAAAAUGCUCUAUUGAAAUUUGUAGCAUGCCUCUCUUCAGAGCACAUUGAUGGGUGGAAGCUAAGAAAUGCAGAUGACACAAUUAUAGCUACAGCUAUUUACAGACAGCAAGUCUGUAGGAAAACAAAGAGCACAUUACUUUUUUUCUAGCAGAGAAGACAUAAGAUGAAUCACUUUAAAACCAAGCUGUUGUCCUUACAGAACAUGUUAAGACAUCAAACUGUGUUGAGCCCAACUGUACUAUUAAAUGAAUAGGCUGCUGUUGUGCAUCUGUAAUAACUGUGAAUUUUGCCUCCUUAAGAAUACUUAUUAGCAAUAGCUCAGCUUUUAAUGACAGAAUCAAAGAGUAUUACCUCAAAUCUGUUGUGGAACAAAUCAGGCAAAAAUGUGUUGUAUCAGUAUCUAAUGCUACAUAACAAAUUACUACAAAAUUUAGUGGCUUUUUGGGGAAGGAAUUCAGGCAUGGCUUAGCUGGGUCAUUCUAACUUAGGGUCUCUUGACUCAGGAAGUUGAGUCAAGAUGUUGGCAGGGGAUGCAGUCAUCUGAAGGCUUGACUGGGGCUGGAAGAUCUGCUUCUAUGGUGAAUCACUCAAAUAGCUAGACAGCUUUUGCUGGUUGUUGGCAGGAGUCCUCUCCUCUCUAGACUGCUUGCAGCUGGCUUACUCUACAGUCAGCAAUUCAGGAGAGAAAAAAGAAGAAGCCAUGAUAUCUUUUAUGAUCUAGCCUCUGAAGUCAUACUCCAUGUUUUCUAUAGUAACCUAUUGGUUACAUAGAUCAGCUCAUUCAGUGUAAGAGGGAAUUACCCAAGGGUAUGGACACCAGUAGGCAGGGGUCACUGGGGACCAUCUUAGAGGCUGUAUAAAUGAGUGAAUGACUAAUACUUUGAUAAAAUGUUAGCAGUGAAAAGGACUCUAGAGGCCAUCUAGGACCACUGUCCUCUCAUCUUUCUCUCUCACCUUCUCCUACUCCCAGGGCCAAAAGUCCUUCAGCCUCUGCUUGACUGCUUCUAACACUCCACAUCUUAAGGAUAUUCCAUUUGAGCCAGUUCUAAUUAUUGGAAAACUAUUGUUUACAUUGAAUUGAUAUCUGUUCUUCUGAGUCUAUUGCCUGCUAAUCACUGUUCCACCUUCUGGAGGACGCAGUACAUAUCUCAUUCUUUUUACAGAUGGUGGCCCUUCAGAUUCAUCUCUUCCUUCUAUUGGAGUCAGGCAAAUUCUUGAAAUGUUUAGCAGCUUAUUUAUCCUGAAGCAUCAUUUUUUAAGAAUUGAAGACUUUUAAGAUGGGUUUAUAUCAUAAAUAAGCACAUGCACAUUAAAAAGAGUGACGUAUAAAGAAAACAGCACUCUUCACCAUACUCUAUCACCCGUAACUGCAACAUUCAGAGGAAACCACUGCCAACGUUCUUAUGCAUUCCCUUCUAGUUUCUUCUACAUCCACCUUCAACAAAGUCAAAAUCACACUUUAUUCAAUUACUUAAUUAUACAAUAUUGCAUCUACCUUUUUUUCAUUUAACAUUGUAUUACUCUCAUGUUAUUAAUUUUUACUAUAAACAUAAUCUUAAUCGCCAAGCUAUUCCACUAUAUAUUUUCCUUCUAUGUAUAUAUAAUUAUAAAGUCUUAAAAUGUCAUAGUCUUUCCUUAUAGUUUAAUAAUCCAGUUUUUCUUUUGUAAUAUAUCUGUAUUAUUUCCCCCAUGUCAUUAAAUAUCUUACAUAUAACUUUGAUGAUUGCAUAGUAUUUCAUUGUAUGUUUCUACAUAAAUGUCAUGUCAAAGUAGGGUGCCCUAUAUUUCUAGAGAAACAUAUGGUUGGAUUAUGAGGUGCAAAGGACCAUAAUCUACCUUCAAUGAGACACCACCUCCUGAACUUCUUGAGGGAAAUAAAGACCUAGAGAACAAAGCAAGGUUAAAUAACGCUCUGCUACUACGUGGGCCUUGGGUCACAGCUCCAGUGUAGAAUCCUAGUAAGCCGGGUUGAAACAUGGAAGGACUCUUUUUACUUAGGUUAGGUGGUAGUACUGCAACUACAUUGCAGUUGACUUGCAGUCUAAACUGCUGUCUUCUGUUUCCUCCAAUAUUCAAGGACUCCCCACUUGAUUUUGCUAUACUCCCACUUCACAAGAAGACAUAGAAGUCUUGAAUAUAAUACACCCAUGCUAUUAAAGUUGUGAUCGUUUCUUGAGAAACAAAAUAUAAGCCAGUCAAUUAUUAUAUAGUUAUUAUAUUUUUGAAACAGAGAGAGAAACCAAGUGUCAGCAGGGGAGGGGCAGAGAGAGAGAGGAACAGAAUCCAAAGCAGGCUCCAGGCUCCAAGCUGUCAGCACAGAACCCGCAGUGGGGCUCGAACUCACGAACUGCGAGAUCAUAACCUGAGCCAAAGUCAGACGCUUAACCAACUGAGCCACCCAGGCUCAGACACCCCAAUAAUUAUAUAGGUAUUAUAAAGUCUACCUUCCAUCAGUCUGAAGCCAAAUCAUGUUUUUCAACCUUUUAUGUCUCUCUCCUUCCUAGUUGGCUUAACAUUCUCUAAACAUAUGACUAGAAUAGUCUCUACUUCUCUCUUAAUAAUGCACUGUUUCCAGUUAACCAAAAUUGGAAGGCUUUAACUUUGCUAACUACUGAUGAACUAGGUUUCUUUUCUAUGGAUUUCCAGAGUUCAGGCUGAUGGUACCUGAUUGAUUUGAGACCAGAAAACCUAAACUACAAUUGUGACUGGUAGUCAGAUGGCUUUACUCUCCCAUAUAUCUUCUCUCCUUUUCUCUGUUUACUUCUUUUAGCAUCUUUCUCCUUCUCAUUCCUUUCUUUUCUCUCUAAUCCUUCCCCUUACUUGUGGGAGGAUGAGGACACACAUUCUGCUUGAAUGAAUUAGAGGAAACAUUUUAUUUUUUUUUCUUCAUCUAGAGUAGAGAAACAGAUUCCAUGUAGUAUAUAUGCUGACAGGUUAGUUGAACCCAGGAUUUGUGAAUUCAUUUUCAGCUGGUAGGCUAAUUAUCACAAUGCUGGUAAGAUUAUUUACAGCUAAUAUGAACCAAUUCAGUUUCUGCUAAACUGUUUAUUAGAACAAAUACUGUUUCUUAUAGUGAACAUGCUUUAUGAGCUUAACUGAUUGAAUUAUCACAUUUACAAGCUGUGUAGGAAAAACUGUUGCUCUCUAUUUCUCCUUUACUUACACUUCCACACUCAGAACACUUCCGACAACAGAUGUGUGGGGUCUUUCCCAAUAUAAAUAAUUCUCUACAACAUUAUAUGGGGGUCCCACAAUUUAACUCAAUUCUGACACUACCUACAUGGAAAUAGCAUCAGAUCCCACAAGGGCUCAGCCCCAUGAGACUAUCUCACCUCCCCAUCACUUCAGAUGCCAAUCUCAAAUCCCAGGUUGUUCCCUGUACUUCUGACUGAUUGUGCUUCUACUGAUUUAUACUCAGUGUGCCCACAUCCCCCUCCUUGAGUUCGAUAACCCAGGCGCUCUGAAAGCUCCAACCUCCUAAUCAUGGCUUGACCUUUUUAGUUGACUGAUUCCAAAUCCAGGAAACCAGCAAAAGUCACUUCAUUAGAACAAAAGUUACUGCCACACCCACGAAAUUCCAAGGUAUUUAGCAACUCUGUGUCAAGAAAUAGGGUCAAAGACCAAAUUUUAGAAGAGAAGAUGAGGUCUUAGGUACUAUAGCAAAAACAGAGGAGUCUGUGACCAAAUGCAUAACAAAUACUAAAUCCUGAGAGGACAGCUCUCCCAAAGCCCCCUUCCCUGUUUGACUCCCAAAAUAGCAGAAGCCAGACUUUUACUUUUCAGGCAAGACAUUGGACAUUUUUACUUUGCACCUGUCCACGUCAAGAGGAAAUUUUACCCUAAAGAUACUGACAGCAGGGGCUCCUGGGUAGCUUAGUUGGUUGAGCGUCCAACUUCAGGUCUGGUCAUGAUCUCGUGGUUUGUGAGUUCGAACCCCGCAUCAGUGCUGUGCUGAUGGCUGGGAGCCUGGAGCCUGCUUCAGAUUCUGUGUCUCCCUCUGUCUCUCUACCCCUCCCCUGCUCAUGCUGUUUCUCUCUCCUUCAAAAAUAAACAUUAAAAAAAAUUUAAAAGAAAGAAAGAAAGAAACAAGAGGGGGAACCCGAGUAGCUCAAUCAGUUAAGUGUCCAGCUUUGGCUCAGGUCAUGAUCUCAUAGUUUGUGAGUUCAGAUCCUCUCUCCCUUCUCUCUUUGCCCCUCACCCACUUGCUUGCUUGAGCAGGCUCUCUCCCUUUCAAAAAUAAACUUAAAAAAAAAAAAAGAAACAAGAGGUCUUGAAAUUAAAAA